AUGAAACCCUGGAAACCAGCAGGUGCUGUCCCCUUGUUUGGUGGUGUAGAUCCACUGGCACUUCCCAAAAAGCAGCCGGUUAUCGAAGUGAAGGAUGGGACACCAGAAGAAGGAAGUGAUCAGGAGAAGUCAUCACCACCUCGGCCAGCACCAAAACCAAAAGUGAUUCCAAGAGAAAAGUCUGAUGAGAAUUUGAAGAUUAAAUCUCAAAAUGGGUCAGCAGCUGCAGAUUUGUUUGGAGAUGGCAAUGACAGCGAUGACUUGUUUGGUGUCAGCAAGCAGAAGUCUCCACCACCAGUUGCUCCAAGGUCUCAUUCUUCUCUAGCAGCAUCAGUUGACCCUUCCAAAUCUGAGAUAGCGCCACAAUCACCUUCAGCUGUGCGGUCAAAAGUUCUUGCUGGGGCAGUGCCAAUGUUUGGAGGAAUGGAUCCAUUUGCUGGCGUGAAGAAAAAACCAUCCUCGGAGCAGGAGGAAGGACCAAGCUCACAGAAAGAAAAACCU